CGCACCGGAAGAGAAGGGGCCGCGCUCCCCGCCAUCUUGUGGCAGCAUCCAGCGAAUAGUUCGCGUCGAGCCCCGUCCAAUCGGAGGUGAAUCCAGCUGAAGGGGCGCCAUCAUGCCCGGCCACCUGCAAGAAGGCUUCGGCUGUGUCGUAACCAACCGGUUCGACCAGUUACCGGACGACGAGUCCGACCCGUCCGAGAUCCUGAAAGCUGCCGAAAACAAGAAGAAGGAGGGGGCCGCCGCCGCCGCCGCGUCCGCCAGGAGCGCCGCUCAUGCUGCUCAUGCCGCUAAGCAGCCCAAGAAGGAGUCGCAGAAGGACAGGAAGAACCCGCUCGUGGAUAAGAAGGAGGAGUCCCAGCCUGCGGUGCCCCUCAAAAAAGAAGGAAUCCGGCGAGUGGGUCGAAGGCCAGAGCAUCAGCAAGGUCACCAAGGCUCCCAACAUCAGGGGAGCCAAGCCGAGGGGCGACCCGGAGACAAGAGGCCGGACCGCAGACCUCCUCGUGAGCGACGCUUUGAGAAACCCACCGAGGACAAGCCUGAGGGAGGCGGCGGCGACUUCUCCGCAGACAAGCCUUCCAGAGAACGGCCUUCCGGAGAACGGCCUUCCGGAGAACGGCCUUCCGGAGACCGGCCCCCGAGAGGGCGCGGCGGCGGCCGGGGUGGCCGUGGCGGGCGAGGGCGGGGCACGGGCAGAGGAGAUGGCUUCGACUCCCGUGGCAAACGAGACUUUGACAGACACAGCAGCACUGACAAAUCGAAUCAGAAAAGCGAGGAGAAGCGUAGUGGCAGUGGCUCACACAACUGGGGAAAUGUGAAGGAGGAAGCCAGUGAGGCUGAACCGCUACCUGCUGCUGAGCCGACCCCGGAGGGAGACGAACCGGCACCUGCGGGCUCUGAGAACAAGGAGAACGAGGUGGAAGAAGUGAAACCCGAAGGCCCCCGAGAGAUGACGCUGGACGAGUGGAAGGCCAUGCAGGACAAGGAGCGCACCAAGGUGGAGUUCAACAUCCGCAAGCCCAACGAGGGCGCGGACAGCCAGUGGAAGAAAGGAUACGUGCUGCACAAGUCCAAGAGUGAAGAUAGGCCUGUCGGAGCUUUGAUUGAUGCCUCGGAAACGGAAGUAGACGCACAACCUCUGUACCAAAAGGGCACUGCUGACGAAUCUGCCGAGCAUCACUUUCGCAAGCCGGCCAACGACAUCACAUCCCAGCUGGAGAUCAACUUUGGAGACCUGGGCCGCCCCGGUCGAGGGCGCGGGGGCCCUCGCGGGGGCAGGGGAGGCCGCGGCGGGGGAGGCAGCAGGCCGGCACGGGGCGGGGGCCGCUCUGAAAAGUGGAUCCCAACCUCAUUUCUUGUUCACCCAGCAGGCAAGUGGCGUGUUGGUCCCCAACGUGGAUGACCCCGAGGCCUUCCCCGCGCUAGCCUGAAGGCUCCUCCGCCGCCUCCGGCCAUUCCCUCGGCCCUUCGGCCCCCCGCCCCCUUCUGCGAGGCUUGCAUGCUUACCACAUUCUCAAAUAUGUAAGAAAUCCAACAACAGCAAAAAUUCACGACAAAAAAAGAGUCUUCCCCCACUCGCCCCACCAGAGGAAUUUUAAAGCAGAACAAGACAACAAAAAAGUGGGAAAGGACCUCGUUACACUGACGUUUUGUAUUUUAAACCUGAAAGCAGGGAUGUUUUCAUUCCUCCUCUUCCCCCGCCCCCUCUCCCUCCCCCGAGAUAAGGCAUACUUCAUUUUUUGUUCGUGCUGCGUGAAAUUAUGCGUUUUCUGCCAUUUGUAGGUUUCACAUCUCCGUGGAGCUUUCAGCCCAGUAUUAUGGGGUCCUAGAAGACUUUGGACUGGAGUGCUUUUCUUCCCUCCCUGUGUAACAAUACACACUGAUGUGGUAGCACUGCACUACAUAUGAAACGUGUAUUAGAUAUCUGAAGUAUGACUUUUCAUGCAUUUUAAUUAAAAGUGUAAUUAUCCUGACCGGCCAUCUCAUUUUGAGAGGCACGAAAUGCAGAUGGCUAACCAGGCAACAGUGACAUCCUACUAAAAAAAAAAAUAAUAAUAAGCUGGGUAUUUUUUCUGCUUGUUGUGCAGUGAAAGUAAAUGCCUCUUUUCCUUUUUUGGAUAGUUUGCCUUUUUUGGUGGACCAGUGGUUCGUAAUGCUUGGUAUCCCCCGAUCCAGAUGUGCCGCCUGUUUGCAGGGUGUGUAUCUUUAGGCUGGUCCUCUUAGCUCAUACGGACUGUACUACUUGGAAAUUCAGGACCACGAAGCAAACGCUUUCAUUUUUAUUUCUUCUGUUGAGCGUGCGUGGGUGUGACUGAAUGUGCAACUGUGCCCGCCGGUUACUUAGAAAGUAUUUCUCCGCUUCAAGUGGUCAGAACGGUCAGCGGGUUUUUGCCCGAAGUCGUUAACGAGACGGGCAAGCUGACGCUCAAAAUCUUGGGAACGUGUAACGUCCACCGCAUCUCAAAAAGCACUUGGGUCUUUAGACGCACUGGCGCUCUGAAGACUCCCGCCCCUUUCUGUAGACCAUGUUUUGCUGUGUUUAUUAUUAUUAUUAUUAUUAUUAUUAAGCAUGAGUGCAGCAGCGCUCGUGCAUAAUGUCUGCUGUCAUUAUGGAACAAUCAUGAUCUACAGAAUGUAACGUAAACUAUUGUCGCGUGGAGACACCUGUGUCAGCAUCGCCGGCGAGCGUCUCUUUAGAAUGAAGCGGGUCGUCGGGAGGGCCUGAAGUGUAGCGAAGUUCGGAGCGCAGCGCCGUACUUUUGAAUACGGUGCUCUGCGACGCCUUGCUGCUGGUGCACUGCUACAGGUGGCUCGACAGUUUUGGUUUGGUUUUGUAUGUUUCUCCUCGUAUGACCGUUUGAGCCACAUGACGGUCAAACGUGCAAACGUCCCUGUUCUAAGCAAUUUCCGGAGAGGUGUAAAAUAUACUCUCCAAAUGGAAAGUGGACUCUUCAUUAUCCCAAAAACAUGAUGAUAAUAUUAAUGUAUUAAAUUUUAGGGCAAUACUGUUGCUAUUUGAAUGGAAUACAACACGGUAAUUACGGCUUAAAUGUUACACUGCUUUUACAUUUUGUAACUUAACUCCUUUAUUAUAAACUGAAGUAGAAGACCACAGAACAUCGUUAAAUGUGGUCGUGAAAAUGACAAAUGCAGGUUUUUAUAGCUUGCGGUGAAUUACUGUAGCUUUAGUUUUUGGAGCUGCUGUAUAUUUGUUGAUGCAAUUUAAUGUAUUCAUUCAAGUCCUGGCUACCGUUUCGGAAUUCUGUACCUGGCUCGUAAGCGUCAAUCUGUUUGGAAAAAGGCGUACACUAUAGAAUUGGCUAUUAUUGUAAAAGCUGAAGAUGUAUUUGAAAAUAAAGGGUGAUGCCAAACCUCCAAAA